AUGUCGAAUUUAAGUAUUAUGAGCGUGAGAGAGUUGAUAGACAUGGCUUUCGGAGAGUCUGAUGGUAAUGUUAUCAAUUUUAAAAUAAUACAGACUGUUUUAUACCUCCUUGCACGGCAAUUGAGGGUAUUGGGGCGAAAUGUAGAAGUCGACCUGGAUCCGGCUUUAGGUGUAACAUCCCGCACAACAAUAAAUGUUACUGAAAUAAAAAUGCAAGCUGCUGUACCAAAAAAGAAGAAAAAAGGAAAACUAGCAGUUACAGCCCAAACUGGUAUUAAAAAUGAGACCGAACAACUUCUAAAAGAACAGCGUGGUCAGGACGAACGUACGACUGAUAAGACUCUUCCUUUAAAAACUACUGCACGCUCAAAUAUUGGGAAUAAACAACUCGCAAAAAAAAAUCUAAUACCUGGUACUAGUGAUACCAGCUACGAAACUGAUAAAAAGAGAGCCAACUCGCGUGAAGAAGCCGAAAAGUCUCCGACCCCAAUGGCUUCUCUAGAAUCAAUAGGUUCCGCUGAUUUCCCGGACAAUAUUCAGCUUAUGGCAGAGCUUCGAAAGGGCGCCUCGCUGACAGAUUCCAUGGCUGCAUUGCAAAUGUCUGCUCGCCUUGAUGCAGCAGAAAAAAUGCUAAAACAGAUGCUGUCAUUAGUUACUGACCUUGCUCGUAGGACUCCAGGUGUCGACUUAUCCCCAAAGAAGGAGGAUCAAAGUGAAAAUAAGACCCCUGAAACAGAUAAAAAAGCACAAAUGGUCACAAAAAAAACUCAGAAAAGUUCUGCAAAACAAAGAACCACAACUCCAAAGGCAAUUUCUGAAGAAACAUCGAGUCGCGCUCUACAAGAAUUACAAACUGACAUCCUUAAUGAAGUUACGACUAUAACUAGCGCUAAUACUGAAAGUGCGAACAAUGCUUUGAAAAUUACAAAAAGAUUAGAGAGAAAAUUGGAGGGCACGUCUCACCUUGAGUCACGCAUGAAAGAUUUAGAAAUUCUGGUCUCAGAUUACGCAGAUCAGAUUAAUAUCUUAGACACUGGAUUAUCUGCCCAGACCUACGUAGUAGAGGAACUGGAGCAGCCUUGCACGCCCUGUAAUGUCGGUAAUACAACAACCGCACAACCAUUAGAAGCCGACCAAGCCCCGGAGAGUACAGAAAUAAUAGCAAUGGAAAUGACUGAUUUCAUCCCAAAAGCUGAUGCUAACUACUGUAAAUGUGAAGAUAAAGAUGACAGCGUUCCUGCAACCCCAAUACUACCUAUGGAUGAUGAC